AUGGCCAUCAACUUUUCGGCGUCCUUCGCCGCCUGUCUAGCCGCCGGCCUCAAAGUGCCUCGCCAGAUCAUGUACUGCAUCUCGCAAGAUACCGCUGCACCGUAUGUCCUCUAUAAGGAUGGAAUGGACCGAGCGCAAAGCCAGUGGGGCCCGCAAGAUGCUUACCCGCCCCCACAACAGCAGACAACGACAGGGGCGGGUAGUCCUCAGCAAGCCCUCGGCCCCACCGUCCCACUUGGUGUUGAAGCGGAUACCGUGCCGCCUCGGGACCAAAGCUUACCUUCACCGGCACCAUCCCCUUAUCCUGCGACACAGGCUGAACCCCGAGAAGACGAAAUACAGCCUGAACAGCCUACAAUGGACUUGGAACCCCGACCGGCCUCUCAGUGCUUUUCCGCCGAUCUGCAACAGCAGCAGCAACAACAGGCCUACCAGCAAUACGCCAGAGCCCCACCCCCGGCGGCGCCGCCUCCCGUCCCACCUCACAUGCUAGGCGCGGGCAGCUUCUCUGCUUUACAGUAUCUCAAACAGCCCGGUGUGAUGUUGACCAGCCUAGGCCCCGACGGAAGUGGCCAGUUGGACCAGUACACAAACAUGCAAGAUCUGAGGACUGCGUCGCUACCGGACGUGAUCCAGCAACAACACGCAGGGCUCAAGAAGAACAACAACGGGCUAAGCGGCGAGCUAAGGCUCUUCAAAUGCUUGACAUGCGGAAAGGACUUUAAGCAGAAGUCCACGCUGCUCCAACACGAAAGGAUCCAUACGGACAGCAGGCCGUACGGAUGCCCGGAAUGCGGCAAGAGAUUCCGCCAGCAGAGCCACCUGACCCAACACCUCCGGAUCCACGCCAACGAGAAGCCCUACGCCUGCGUAUACUGCGAACGGACGUUCCGACAGAGGGCCAUCCUUAACCAGCACCUACGAAUCCAUUCCGGUGAGAAGCCCUAUGAGUGCCCGGAGUGCGGGAAACACUUCCGGCAGAAGGCUAUCCUCAACCAGCACGUCCGCACACACCAAGAUGUAAGCCCGCACUUGGUGUUCAAAAAUGGUAUCAACCCAACGCUCUGGCCUCAAGACGUUCCAUUUCCACCAGACGAGGGUAAAGAGGAGGUUCAAUCUACAUAUGGGGAUGGCGACAACUCCGAUAGAACAAGUUGCUUCUCGCCUAAUGGCAUAGCAGGCAAUCUGCAAUACCCCGCCUACUUCAAAGACGCUAAGGGCAUGAAUCAUACAGUUUUCGGUGGCGGUACCAAUUUUGGCGCCUUACAAUACCUGAAACAGCAGCAGCCUGGAAAGAGCGGGCUGCCAGACGUCAUCCAACACGGUAGGUCUGCGGGAAUGCCACUUUACGUGAGGUGUCCGAUCUGUCAAAAGGAAUUCAAGCAAAAGUCAACUUUACUGCAACAUGGUUGUAUACAUAUCGAAUCUCGACCUUAUCCCUGUCCAGAGUGUGGAAAAAGGUUCAGGCAGCAGUCACACUUAACCCAGCACCUGAGGAUACAUACGAACGAGAAACCCUACGGUUGCGUGUAUUGCGGUAGGAAUUUUAGACAGCGAACAAUCCUCAACCAGCACUUAAGGAUCCACACGGGAGAGAAACCGUACAAAUGCGGCCAAUGCGGCAAAGAUUUUAGACAAAAAGCAAUACUGGAUCAACACACGAGGACCCAUCAAGGCGACAGGCCGUUCUGUUGCCCCAUGCCCAACUGCAGAAGGAGGUUCGCAACGGAACCGGAAGUUAAGAAACACAUAGACAACCACAUGAAUCCGCACGCAGCGAAAACCAGGAGGGACUCGACAGGGUCCGAUGGAAAAUUACCAGGAAACGGUAUGUUACCGAGGGGGUUGACACCUACGACCGUGGUCAAGCCCGAACUGUACUUCCCACAAUGCUACGCUCCUAGUUUCAACCCCCCUGCAAGCGUCUCACAAUUUCAAACAGCCAACCCAGAAUUCAAGCCGCCCAAUCCUUUGCCGACCCAGUGA